CAAAAUUAAUGUUAAAGAAUUGUCAACCAGCUCUAUUCAUCUACUUGCCAAAUCGACAUGACCAACGUUAGUAGCAACCCGGGACAUUUCUUCCAGACCGAUGCUGAGUUAGAGAAGCAGAAGGAAAAGGAGAAAAAAUACAAUUAUACCGCCGGUAACGCCGUCAAGACACCCUCCAAGGUCCUGGCCUUGAAAGUAUCUCAGGGACGAAAAUACUGCUAUAUCGCGGAAUCCGCAUUUACAGCAAGGAAAAUCAAUCUCGAGACCGGAAAUGCAGUCAAGAUCUUUAAAGGUCACGAUGGUCCUGCCACGUCGAUCGCACUGUCGCCAGAUGAGCAGACAUUGUUCACAGGUUCUUGGGACAAGACCGUCAAGCAAUGGGAUGUCAAGACUGGAGAGUGCGUGAAGACAUUCAUUGGCCAUACAGACUUUGUCAAGUCUAUCCUGCUUGUUGGCAAAUUCUUAUUUUCAGGUUCUGCUGACGCACACAUCCGACAAUGGGACAUUACAACUGGAGAGUGUGUCCGUGAUCUGAAGGGACAUACUCGAUCUGUAGAAUGCUUGGCCAUAUCCGAAGAUGGCACAAAAUUAUUCUCUGCUUCAUCAGAUCGCACAAUCCGAAAGUGGAAUGUCGAAUCCGGCCAAGCUGAGAAGGUAUACGAAGGGCACGAAACUAAUGUCUUUGCUCUGACCGUGUGGGAUGAGGAAUUGUGGACAGGUACGGCUUUUUAAUCAGGAAGGAAGGAGAUAUAAACCGUGUUCAAUUUGAGCAUGAUCAUUGACGCGUAUUCUUGAUUCGUGACAUUAGCCUCAGCAGACAAGACAGCCAAGCGAUGGAAUAUACUGACUGGCGAAAGCGAUACUACCUUAGAGCAUCAAGACACUGUCAAAUGUCUGGCAAUUGCUGGAAACUAUAUUUGUACAGGUUGCAGUGAUGAUAAUAUAACAGUCUGGGACAUUGCCUCUGCAAAAAAGCUGUGCAAUAUAGA